AUGCAGAGCGAUCCGGCGAGUACCUCUGCGCCUGCCGCGCGCGUCACCUACCCCUCCGCACUGCUCGCCUCCGCGUUGGAGGUUGGUGGAUUGACCGGCGCCGGUGGUGUUCUGCUCGGCAGCGCCCAAGGCAUCGUCUCCGGAUCUCCUCCGGUGCUGUUUGCAGCAAUUGCAGGCUUGCAAUGGUUCACCGCAGGCUCUGCAUAUUGGGCCACCCGAAGUGCAAUCUUGAACCGGCGGGGCCUUCAAGCCUGGCUUGACAUCAAGCGCGGUGCUUCUCCCGAUGCCAGCGAAAUCAAGCCUUCGUCACGGACGGAGAAGGUUCAGGCAAGCACCAUCGCUGGAGGCGUUUCUGGCGGGAUCGUGGCUGCCGUGACACGAAGCCGAUCACACGUUAUCCCCGGCGUGGUUAUGUUCUCCAUCUUCGGGUUUGCGGGGCAGCACCUCUACGAACUCGCGGAUCGGAAGCAUGCCGCUUCCGCUGACAAACGCGCUGAUGACAAGAGUUGGUUCCGAAAGCUAGCCGACUCCCGCUUUAGCCCUGUCAAGGUGCUCUCGGAAGAUGAGUACGAGCAAUUGCUCAGAGACAAGCUCCUUAAGGUUCAGGUGGAACUUGCCCUUGUUGACGAGAGCAUCGAAAAGCUUCGACAGCAGCAGAUCAAACCUUUGGACGGCCCCCAAGAGUGA